AUGACGCGGCGCUACUCUGCCAAGGCGAGCUGUCACUUCGACCUGUACGCGUACCCCUUCGACGUUCAGAGGUGCGGCGUGCGCAUCCGACUCCCUCCUGAGUACGAGGAUUCCGUCCACUUCUCUCUCGCUCAGGGCACGGUGAACUACACGGGCCCUCGCGAGCUGGCCACCUUCAACGUCGACAGAGUACGGUUUGCCUCGACUUCCGAUGAGUAUCAGCUGACGGCCGAGUUCGCCCUUCGACGUCGACAGGGCGUGGUCCUUCUGUCGACCUUUCUUCCCUCGGCGCUCCUGCUGGUGGUGAGCUGGGCCACGCUCUUCAUCAAGCUCGAGGCCCUCAAUGUGCGGGCCGUGAUGGCGCUCACGACUCUCCUCGUCCUCUACACGCUCUUCGCCAACAUGUCGAGGUCCCUCCCGACGGCGGCGUCGAUCAAGCUCAUCGACAUCUGGUUCUUCUUCAUCAUCUUCCUCCUGUUCGCGAAUAUCAUGAUCCACAUCUUCAUCGACCACGAGUCCCUGGCGCAGGUCCGGGUCAACAAGAUCGUGGUCAAGACGUCUUCGGAGGCCCCGCCCCCCGCGACCACCUCGCUCCAACAGAAGGCCUUAAGGUUCCUCGCUGUUUACAGGUUGCUGGUCCUGCCCGUCGCUGUCAUCCUGUUCAACGCGGCUUUCUGGUCCGCGGUGCUCUGGCAGCUGUAGCAGGAGCUUCCGUUAACGACCGAAAGGAAAACGGUUGAGAGGCAUAAAUACGUUUGUUCUGAACUUAAGAUUUUCUAACCCGUAAUAGCGUACCGUCAUGACGACCCGUUAUCAUAGGAAAGUUUUCGUGAUUCUAAACAAA